UUGACAGGAAAACAUGGCGGACGAGGAUGCAAACACUACAGUUGUGGGCGAAGACUCUCCUGCAAAAGAAGAAGGACCAGAGACAACGGGACCUGGACAAGAUGAAGUGGCCAACGGUACCGACGAGGUACGGCAGGACAAACCGGCAGACAGCUCGUGGUCGGCGCCGAUUUUUUCGUUUGCUCGUAAAGCGACGGAGACGCUGAGCAGUGUAAAUAACUACAGCGCUGGCUCACAUCAACACACCUCUGAUCACAUCAAACCAGCAGGUAUGAAGGAUCCCAUGGCAGUGGAGAGGUCAAACCUCCUCAGCAUGAUGAAGCUCAGCAUUAAGGUUCUCAUCCAGUCUUCCCUCAGUCUCGGACGGACGCUCGAUUCGGAUUAUCCACCCCUGCAGCAGUUCUUUGUGGUUCUGGAGCACUGCCUUAAACAUGGUUUGAAAGCAAGGAAAUCUUUCAUCGGUCAGAACAAAUCUAUCUGGGCUCCAUUGGAGUCGAUAGAGAAGCUUUGCCCGGAGUCAGCUGACAUCGCCACCAGUGUGCGGGAUAUGCCCGGACUCAAGACAGGACUCGGACGAGCUCGAGCGUGGAUGCAUUUGGCUCUCAUGCAGAAAAAAAUCGCAGACUACAUGAAAGUUCUUAUAAAUAGGCGAGACCUUCUUGGAGAGUUUUAUGAGGCCGGCUCUCUUAUAAUGGAAGAGGAAGGGGUCGUGAUUGUGGGCAUGCUGGUGGGUCUCAAUGUGAUCGAUGCCAAUCUGUGUGUGAAAGGAGAAGAUCUGGAUUCUCAGGUGUGUGUCAUUGAUUUCUCAUUGUACCUGAAAGAUCCACAAGCUACUGAGACCAAACAAGAUGAUACAAAAAUGACAGCCAUCCUUGACCAGAAACAUUACAUUGAAGAGCUGAACCGCCAUCUCAGCUGCACGGUGACGGAUCUUCAGGCCAAGAUGGACUCGCUGGAGAAGACCAACGGCAAACUCAUUGAGGAGCUCACAGCGGCCACAGACUGAAUCAACGCUCUGCGUGAGGAACACGAACAACUUCGUGAGGAAAGUGCGAAUAUUCUCCAGAACAGUCAGAGGAAAGAGGAGGUGACACUUCAGGACAGUCAGGUGGAGUUGGAAACAUAUCGGCAGACGCGGCAGGGUUUGGAUGAAAUGUACAAUGUCGUUUGGAAGCAGUACAAGGAGGAGAAUCGAAUCCGGCAGGAGCUGCAGAAGGAGUUGGAACUACAGGGAGGUCUGAAGCAGGAAAUGGACGUGGCCAUGAAGCUUCUGGAAAAGGACACUCAUGAGAAACAGGACACGCUGGUUGCACUGAGACAGCAGCUGGAUCAGGUCAAGAAACUUAACCUACAGAUGUUCAACAAGGCACAGGAGUCGGACCGAGUGUCACAGAAAAAAGAGGAGGAGAUGCUACAACUUGAAAAGAAGAUGAUUCGGAUGGAGGCGGUCAUGAAAGAACUGGAGCAGAGGCUUCAAAAUUCCGAGAAUGUGCGCAGAAACGCAGACGAGAGCCAAAGCGAGCUGAAAGCAGAGAUGAAAGGGAAAGUAAACGCCCUGCAGAAGCGUCUCGCUGACCUGGACACGCUCAGGGCGGGACUGGAGUCGGAGCUGAGCAAUGAAAAGGAACAGCGACAGAAGCUGCAGAAAGAGCUGCAGAGAGAACAGGACAACAGCGCAGAGCUGCGCACACAGCUGCAGCAGCUGCAAGGCCUGCAGACGGAACUGCUUGAACUUCGUCAGGAGAAGAAACAGCUUCAGCAGCUCUGUGAGGAGCAGGAAAAGGCCCUGCAGGAGAUGGGCCUUCAUCUUAGCCAGUCCAAACUAAAGAUGGAGGACUUUAAAGAAGUCAACAAUGCCUUGAAGGGUCAUGCCUGGCUAAAGGACGACGAAGCCACAAAUUGUAAACAAUGCCAGAAAGAGUUUUCAAUCUCCCGGAGGAAACACCAUUGCAGGAACUGUGGAGACAUCUACUGCAACAGUUGCUCCAGUAAUGAGCUCGCCCUGUCCUCGUACCCCAGACCGGUCCGCGUCUGUGACAUCUGUCAUUCUCUUCUGCUCCAGCGGAGCUCCAUCGGCUCCUGACGACACUCACAUCCGCUGAUCGUGUGCGUGUAGAACUACAGAUUUGUUUUGGUAGUUUAUGAUUAACAGUCAAGGUCAUGCGUUAACUAUGCCUUGGCAUAUUUGGUUUGUUUGAUUAAAACCUUGUUGUCAAAUCGUACGCAGUUUUUGCAGGGUGAUUCUAGGCCAUAACAACAGUAAAAUUAGAAUGAAUUCUUGUAUUUUUAUUGAUAGUCUCCAUUUUAGGGAGAGAACUAACACAUCUGAGCCUUUCAAGCGUUCACCUUGGGUGGAUGCAGAGGAUUUAUACGCUAUGCUUUUUUGAUCUUGUUGAAAUAUUGUCAAUAUUUGUAAUCUUUUUUAAAUUUGGAUUAGGGAGCAUUGAAGUCCAAUGCAUGUGUUUUGCGUGAUUGUUUAAGGAGACUCAAUGCAAUUAUGCCAAUAUUUUAUCAGUUUAUUUUCAGUGUGUGUGUGUACUAUAAAGAUUUAAUCCACAAACUGUUGUGCAUGUCAGACUUGUAACAAACAACACCAGCUCAUGAGGUAGCAGUGCUCUCAUUGGUCAAAAAAGGUGGACCAGUUACUAUAAAAAAUGAGUAGAAUAAUAAGUAUUUAGGAAAUAAAUACAAAUAAGCAAAUCUUUUAGAAAACUAUUAUUUUGUCAAGAAUAGUUUGACUGAAUGAUUAACUUUACAAUAAGGUUUGGUGUGUUAACAUUUGUCAAUGCAUUACCUAAUAUAAACUCAAAAUGACCAAUACUUUUAAAACCGUAUGAGCUAAGUUCAUUUUAAUUUUACCAUUUACCCUUACAUUUUUCCAAUCAAAAGUUGUAAUUAUUAACAUAAGUGAACUAACAUUAAUAAUUGUAUUAACAUAAACAAAGAUUAAUAAAUGCUGAAAACUAUAUUGCACAUUGUUAGUUAAUACUUUUGUUAAUGUUAACAAAUACAGCCUUAUUGUAAAGUAUAAACUGAAUGGUUUUGUAAACGAUUUGCAUAAACUUUGUUCUGCUCAUCAAAGUCCAAACUAAAGUGAAUUUUUCUUGAAUCCAAAACAAAUAUUUUAUGGUAUUAACUGUAUGCAAAACUGAAAAGCAAAUAGAUAUUUUCAAUUUUUUAACAUUAAUUCACUCAAACUAAUCAAAGAUAAAACUUUUUAUGUGACUUUUUACACUCUGAAUAUAAAAGUAUAUUUUAGAUUGUAAGGCAAGUUCCUAUGUUGUACCUAGUGAGAAUGCUUUAUUUGUCUCCUGUU